AUGGGGUGCGGGGCGUCGUCGAUGAAUCAAAUCCUCGACGCCGCCGCGAUCGACAGCAGCGUGCACGGCAAGAGCCCUGGUCGCAAGGCCAAGGGCGCUCGGCCGAACCCGAAGCCCGUCGCGGAACUGUACCAUUUCGGACAGACCAUCGGGCGCGGAGGGUUCGCCGAGGUUCGCCGCGCGACGCACAAAGUUCACGGGACGGAUUACGCCAUGAAGAUCAUCAAGCUCCCGAAGACGCGGCAGCGCGCGUUCAAGGAGGAGAUCUUCUACGAGAUUGGUCUCCUCGCGAACAUGGACUCGCCGUACAUUGUCAAGCUGCACGAAUUCUUCGUGGAGAGCGACAGGAUAAUCAUGGUCACCGAGCUCCUGGAGGGCGGCGACCUGUUCGACGCCGUCGUCGCCUGCGGCCACUACGACGAGCGCAUGGCCAAGCGCAUCUUCCGCAGGAUCCUGCUCGGGGUCCGGUACCUGCACGAGGUGGGCGUGACGCACUGCGACUUGAAGCUGGAGAACUUGCUGCUCGCGUCCGGGACGGAUCUCGACAGCGUGAAGAUAUGCGACCUGGGUCUGGCGAAGAAGGCGAGCGCGCGGAGCAGGUUUUUGCCCUCUGGAACGCCGGAGUACAUCUCCCCCGAGGUGCUCGAGGCGAACAUGGCGGGGACGGAUGCGGCGGGCGCGGGGCAGAGCGGGGAGAAAGGUUCAUCGGGCGAGUCGGUUCCGCAGGCGCACGGUCCGUCGGUUGAUAACUGGGCGUGCGGCGUGCUCCUCUUCGUGCUGCUCGCCGGGUACACCCCGUUCGCGCACGAGGACGAGCACGCCAUGUACGAGCUGAUACGCACGGGCAACUUCAACUUCACGCAGUCGCCGGUGUGGGAGAACGUGAGCGUUGAAGCGAAGGAUCUCAUCGAAAAGUUUUUAACGGUGGACGAGUCGCGGAGGAUGACGGCGGAGCGGGCGCUGGCGACGCACCCGUGGCUCGUCGAACGCGCUCCAAACGCCGCCUCCGCGACGAAUGGGUCGGCGGGCGGGGAGGCGCCGCCGAUGACGCCGCGUAUACAUCUGGAGAGUGUCCAGAAGAACCUCAAGAAGGAACAGGAAGCGGGGAAACUGUUCAGGGGGGCGGUUAACGCCGUAAUCGCGAUUAACCGGGUACAAAACGCGGUGGCGCAGGGUGACAACGGGCUCCUGACGCUGAAACAGGGCGCGAGCGCGGGCUCGCCCAACACGUACGCGCGGCGCAAGAGCGUCGGGAGCCAGCAGCGCGCCCCCGUGCUCGCGGGCCAGCCCAGCCAGUCACCGGAGAAGGUUCGCGCCAUCGCCAGGAUCCCGAGCGAGGUCAAGAUGGACGAACUCGCAGAGGUCGACUCGGACGACGAGCGCGAUUGGUCCGUUCGGGGCGGCGUCCGCCGCGGUCGUUCGCAGACCCCACGGCUAUCCGGGAGCGGUUCGCGUGCGCGGCUGUCCAGGAGCAGUUCGCGGGACCUGUCGCUGUCCAGGCACGCGUCUCGCGAACCUUCCCCGGCGAGGUCGGUUGCCGGUAAAUCGCCGUACUCGGGAAACAGAUCCAACAGGGGCUCGGCAGGCGACGUGUCCGGCGACGUGUCUCCGGUCCGACAAUCCCCGAGGGUAUCGAACCAGUGGAGCGACGACGACGCGAGGAGCGACGGGGGAAGCGACGGGUCCAGGAGCGAGGCGGGCGACGGGGGAGUCGCGCCUUCGCCGCCGCGUUCGCCGCGGUCCGUCGGGAAGGUUCGAUCGGAGGGGAGCGGGCUGGCGGUGCUGGAGCCGACGUCGACGCCUUCGCCGCCGCGGUCCGUCGGGAAGGUUCAGUCGGAGGGGAGCGGGCUGGCGGUGCUGGAGCCGACGAGACCGGACCCCGGGAGACGAAGCCCGACGCCGGGGAUGGCGCUGCAGGACCAAUCGCCGGGGUCGCCGAGAGGCAGGGCGGGGCAAUCGCCGCUCUCGCGGUCGCCGAGGUCGGCGUCGCCCGCGCACGGCGGCGACAGGUUGGGGCGCGCGGGGGGUCUGGCCACCGUGAGCGACUCGGCGCUGAUGCGGGACGUCACGGCGGGGCUCAGCCAAAGCGGCGCGGUGCAGUUCGGAAGCGCGACGUCGUGGGCGAGAUCGGACGACGAGGGCGCGGUGUCGUCGCCGGGGGUCUCGCCACCAGCGAGGGAGCUCACGCCGAGGUCCAGGCUGGCAAAAGUCAGCGAGGGUUCCAUCGCGUAA